ACCCAUGGUCCUCCACGGACACAACCAUCACGGGCGUAACUUGGACAGCAGACCCCAUGACGGCGGAAGGAAGAGCAAGAGGGGGGCGUCGAGACUGGCCACCGUCGUGUGGAUACCGGCGUCCGUGCGCGUGGUGAUGGCAUGGUGGCGCAAGAAGGUCGUGUUCCUGGUGUGCCGCGUGCUCCGUCUCCAUCCACGUCCGCGACCGCAAGACAGGGAGAUGCAUCUGGAAGGAGGCACUGGGGCAACAUCAAGAAGUUCUGUUAAACUGAUUCAUAGCAGCGUCUCAAUGUUCAAUCAGAAGAAGCGCGACAUUCUGGUUUCUAUAGGGUGGGAGGUAUCCUCCAUAUCCCUGAGCCGAACAAGCUAAAUCUAAAGCCGGAUGUGUUCUUGCUUACACAUGUGGACAUAGAUAUAGGAGGGCAAUUGUAAUUGAUGAUGAUAGAACUUGCCCGUUUGAUGCCACGGACGUUGGGAAGGUAUUCGAUCAGGAUCCCUUGGACAGGCGCUCGUGUUGCUAACAAGAAGAAUGACUGCAUUCAGUCAGCAGCCAAGGAGAUCAGAAGCCGUUUAGGGAUUAUAGGG